UUCGUCCUCUUUUGCUAACUCGCGCGGCGAUUUUCAUAUACAAUUUACCUCUUUCUCAAAAGCUGUGUUUAUUUUUAGCAAUCGUCUCUCCGUGUUCAACUCGUUAGCAGACAUCGGAGACAAAUCAAACUCAACAAAAGGAGAGAGAAACUUAGAGAGAGAAGAAAGAAAAAUCACACAUAUUAAAAGUAGCAUUUACCAGUUUCUACACACACACACAAAAGGAAAUCAAUCUACCAGGAGAAAGACCUUUCCUGUUAGACUGAUUUUCCUUCAACUUUUCCACAGCUUUGACCAUUUGUUUCUUAUUCAAAUUUUCCCCUUGUAAUUUAAUUCCCUCUCCAAAACCCAAUUUGGCAAAUUGGUUUGUUUUUUGAGUUUAGCCUUUGAAUUGAAUUUUAUUAAGAUGAAGGGUUUAAUGUGGGUUUAGGAUGAAUGAUAUUGACAUUCAAAGUUGGUUUAUGAUGUAAUACAAAAGCGGUGGUUACAUUAAAAAAAAGAAAAGAUGUCGCUUUAUAUUGGUCGUCAGGCUUCCAAGCUGUGGAAGAGAAUUUGUUCGGAGACAACAACGGAGAUCAAGCUUCUUACUGAAAAUUGGAAAUAUAUUCUUGGUGGCUUAAUAUUCCAGUACAUCCACGGACUUGCUGCUCGAGGGGUUCAUUACAUACAUCGGCCUGGACCAACUCUUCAGGAUGCCGGCUUCUUUCUUCUUCCGGAGCUUGGUUCAGACAAAGCUUACAUAAGUGAAACUGUAUUCACCACCAUUUUUUUAUCUUUUGUCUUGUGGACAUUCUAUCCUUUCAUUUUCAAGACCAAAAAGAUCUAUACGGUUCUGAUAUGGUGCAGGGUCCUGGCAUUCUUAGUUGCUUGUCAAUUUCUCCGGAUCAUAACAUUCUACUCUACACAGCUUCCUGGUCCAAAUUAUCAUUGUCGUGAGGGUUCAAAGCUUGCUACACUUCCUCGGCCUAAUAGUGUAUUAGAAGUUCUACUAAUUAAUUUUCCCAGGGGUGUACUUUAUGGUUGUGGUGAUUUGAUAUUUUCUUCGCAUAUGAUAUUCUCUCUAGUCUUUGUGCGGAUGUAUCAUAAAUAUGGCACACGAAGGUUUAUAAAGCAAUGUGCUUGGUUAGCUGUUAUUGCUCAGAGCUUUUUGAUUGUUGCAUCACGUAAACAUUACACAGUUGACGUUAUUGUGGCAUGGUACACUGUUAAUCUAGUAGUAUUCUUCAUUGACAAAAAGUUACCAGAAUUGCCGGACCGUACUAGUGCAGCCUUGUUGCUACCGUUAAGCAAGGAUAGCAAGACUAAAGAAGAGAAUCACAAACUUCUGAACGGUAAUUCUGGUGAUCCUGCAGACUGGAGGCCUAGAACCCAAAUCAACGGGAAGAUCAUGGAAGAUGGUAAUGCGGUUCAUGUUGAAGCAGCGAUGAAUGGUGUAUAGACGAUAGAAUGCAGACAGCUCAACUAGCUGAACCAGGUUUAAGCACUACUGCUCGAUGUCAUUACAAGGUCGGGUCUGAGCGUGGUGUUCUUCCAAGUUCAAUAGUUUUGGUCCGUAGAGUAGGAUGCAAAGUCUAGAGGGUUAUGCUUUGAAUGCCUCCGUGGUCCCUAUGCUUAAAUUUAAUGGCUUCAAUGUAUCAUGGAAUUCCAUUUUUGUUCCCUUGUUAAUGCCAUUAUUCUCUAAUUGUGCUCACCAAAGUCUUAGUAAAGGGAAGCAUUAUGCACUAAGCUCCCGCUAUGCGCGAGGUUCGGGGAAGGGCCGGACCACAAGAGUUUAUUGUACACAGCCUUACUCUGUAUUUCCGUAAGAGGUUGUUUCCACGGCUCG